AUGACCUCACCUGCUAGCUCCUCUUCUACAUUUAUUUGUGAUGGUGGCCAAAACCCUCUCAAUACCUUCAUAACCACCCGAAAAUGUAUUCCCCUGACCGAAUACAAUCGACUCAUUCGAAGCUUGCAAACGAAUACUUACAUUUCAAGCAUUUCAAUACUUGGAGUGACGAGGAUUGUAGUGUUUGUUCUCCUUGUCCUAUGCCUCAUCAGCUUUAUUGUGUUCCGCCGUUCAAAGUAUUUAAUGUACAAUCGGUUGGGGUGUGCUUUUGGAUUUGUAUUGUUUCUCUUAUUGGCAGCCAUGAACGGACUGCUGUUGGUAGAUUUAAUUCCGAGUAGAAUUAUUGAUUUUUCACCUGUCUCUAAUUCCACUUCAAAUUCAACAACGAUUGGAAAUAGUACAACGAAGAGUUUACAUUACGUGACGUCACAGUAUGACAAUGAUUGGAAUUCUCCAUUCACACAUUCUCAACAAACUCAACAACAACUCAAUUCUUACUUUUCAAACCAUCUUUAUAACAUUCUGGAUCAACAUGUUGUGAAUGGCUUAUUAUCACAACUAGCCACCAACACCUCAACAAAAACAAAUACCACAACAACCGAUUAUUCCAAAGUGAAUUUGAGAACCAUUCCAUUAGUGAAAAGAACUGCAGCCAUGUGGAAAGCUCAACCCAAUGAGCUUCUCUCAGAGUCUAUUUGCUUUAUACACUUGGGAACGACCUCCUUGUUGCAUUGGCUCAUGAUCUUUUGCUUACCCGUAUUUGGGUUCAUGAAUUUCAUCAUUCGUUCGUAUCUUGAAAGAAAGAAAUUGAGACUUGUGAAAUAUAUUGAAAAGGAAAAUCAAAAGGUUCAUCAAAAUUUCUUGUCACGCCUUCCCUUAGAUUCUACAGAUCGAUCCAAUCCAAGUAUGUCUGGAGCGUAUGGUGGUAUUCGUCCUCAUCAUCAAAUUUCAGAUUUACAAUCAUUUAUUGCAAGUAGUAGUGUGGCAAGUAGUGACACUUCUGGACCUCUGUAUAGAAAUGCAAGUCAUCGUCAGCAUGCAAACAAUCAUACCAUGACAGGAACCACUUCACAUCUUCCACAAACAGGUUCGAGAUUAUUUGGUGAUUCAUUUGCAUCUGGAAUUUCCUCUUCCAAUGCAAGUCAUUAUAACCCAAACGUUUCACAACAGCACCACCACCACCAUGGUCAACACCGUUUCCAAGUGCCGAGAGAUUCGACUGUUUCAAGAAAUAGUAUUUUAGAUACGUAUUCGGAAUCAGCUCAAAAUUCUGAUUCAGAUAAUCUCUCAAGUUUUGGAACUAGUUUUUUGAGACAACCACAACCUUCGACCUCGACUGCAGUGGAUCAUCGAGGAGGAGUCGAUAAAGAUGUAGCUCAUAGAAGGAAUCCUCACCGUUACAAAGAUUUGACGUAUCAUUCUAAUACGUCUCAACCAUUGGAACGAGGUUCUCAAACAUUUUCUGACAACAUGUCAGGAGCUGCUGAGGAAGAAGAUUUGACCAGUUCAAGUGUCAUUUAUAAUGGGAAUUUAUCUCAAACGGUGUUGGGAUUGACCAAGGCGAAUAAGACCACUCAUGACAGUGACUCACUUUCGAAUACUGUUUCAAAUUCCAAUAACAAGACCACCACCAAAUUUACAGCUUCCAUGUCAAAUGCCAGUGUUACUCAUACCAAUGAGCAACAAUUAAUCUCCAAAUUUGAGAAGAGAAAGACCGUUCUCUUAUUGAAUUUUAUUAUCAGACAUCCAGUUCUCUUUCAAUUUCUCUUUUCUGGACUCACCACCUCAGCAUGGCUUGGUAUUAGUGGUGUCAUUCUCGCAAUUACUCUUCAAGUCCAACAAGUGACCAGUUGUGACUCGAUCUGGUUCAUUACUCAACGAGUUUGGUAUGGAGCCAUCUUGGUGAUUGGAGCUCUGACCUUAUUGCUAUUAACACUCUUGGACAUGAUCAUCAAUGAAAGACAUUCCAGUUUGAAACAUUCAGAACAUGGAGGAAAAAAGAAAUCUGAAACUACUUUAUCCAAAAAACGACUUUCCAGAUUCGUUCGAUUUUUCAUGAAUUAUUGGUGGUAUCAUGAUUUACAAUUUUGUCGAAGAGAGGCCUUGUUGUAUAGUUCCAUGUUCAUUAUUGCAUGUAUUGGAAUUGCAGUGACUGAUGUGUUGGUGUUCACAUUGAGAGCAGAAGAUUUAGUGAUGAAAAUUUGUAUUUUGAAGAUUGUCAUGUCUGUCUUGUUUGAAUUGCCAUUUGUGCUCAUUUCACCAGUCAUGACCAGUUGUUUCACAAUGAAGAGACAAUUUCACAUUUCACGACUUCAAAGUCAUUACAUUAAGAAUCAUGAUGAAUAUGUGAAAAAGAGUGUAAGACAGGACCAAAUUAAUGAUAACUUGUCGUUUGCUCCUUCGUCAUCGUCAUUGAAUGGUGCAGCGAAUCGAGAUGCAUUGAUUGAACAAAUGUAUGACUUUUCAGUGUAUCAUCCAACAGAGACCAUCUUACGACAAGUAUUGAAACACUCUAAAUUGAAUCGAAUGUUUCAAGAAUUUUUACAAAGGGAAUGGUCGAUUGGAAAUUUACUCUUUUACAAGUGUGUCAAUGAAUAUUUGAGUUUGAAAGAAAUGGAAAAGACUCAACAAGCUCAACAAAAAUUGUAUCACAUUUAUUACAAUUUCAUUCAACCACGAGGUUUGAGAAUGAAGAAGAUUUCGCAAACCAACCAACAACAGCAAACCUCUUCAGAAAUGUCACACAAUGACUCACAGAUAGAACCUCCUUUGAAUUCAAGUGCAUCCUCUUCGUUAUUGAACAUUUCUGAAUGGUUGAGUCCAGAAUUGAAAUCUCGUUUCACACAAUUAAUGAAUCAAAUUGAAAAAUCUGAAACCAUUUCCAAUCAACAAUCGGCAGAGAUUGGAAAAAUCAUGUUAGAAUUGAGAGAUGAAGUGUUAUUCAAUUUACUAGAUGCCUAUACUCGAUUUUAUUUGGAAUGCAAAGAAUUUAGACAAAUUUAUGUGGAACCCAAUCUGAAAAGCUUGUCUACCUUAUCCAAGAAGAAAUAA